UAAGGGCAAAGGGCGGGGCGCGCGCGUCGGGAAGAUGGCGCUACGUCUGCUGCGGAGGGCGGCGCGCGGAGCUGCGGCGGCGGCGCUGCUGAGGCUGAAAGCGUCUCUAGCAGCUGAUAUCCCCAGACUUGGAUAUAGUUCCUCAUCCCAUCACAAGUACAUCCCCCGGAGGGCAGUGCUUUAUGUACCUGGAAAUGAUGAAAAGAAAAUAAAGAAGAUUCCGUCCCUGAAUGUAGAUUGUGCAGUGCUCGACUGUGAGGAUGGAGUGGCUGCAAACAAAAAGAAUGAAGCUCGACUGAGAAUUGUAAAAACUCUUGAAGACUUUGAUCUGGGCCCUACUGAAAAAUGUGUGAGAGUCAACUCAGUUUCCAGUGGUCUGGCGGAAGAAGACCUAGAGACACUUUUGCAAUCCCGGGUCCUUCCUUCCAGCCUGAUGCUACCAAAGGUGGAAAGUCCUGAAGAAAUCCAGUGGGCAGUGUGUGAAGAAACCCUAAAGGUCGGGCCUCAAGUAGGUCUCUUUCUAGAUGCAGUCGUUUUUGGAGGAGAAGACUUUCGAGCCAGCAUAGGUGCAACAAGUAGUAAAGAAACCCUGGAUAUUCUCUACGCCCGGCAAAAGAUUGUUGUCAUAGCGAAAGCCUUUGGUCUCCAAGCCAUAGAUCUGGUGUACAUUGACUUUCGGGAUGGAGCUGGGCUGCUUAGACAGUCACGAGAAGGAGCCGCCAUGGGCUUCACUGGUAAGCAGGUGAUUCACCCUAACCAAAUUGCCGUGGUCCAGGAGCAGUUUUCUCCUUCCCCUGAAAAAAUUAAGUGGGCUGAAGAACUGAUUGCUGCCUUUAAAGAACAUCAACAAUUAGGAAAGGGGGCCUUUACUUUCCAAGGGAGUAUGAUCGACAUGCCAUUACUGAAGCAGGCCCAGAACACUGUUACGCUUGCCACCUCCAUCAAGGAAAAAUGAUCUGUUAAAUGAAGCUCUCAUCAGGAAGCCCGAGAGGUGAGGAGCUGAGGUUAGACAUCAGGAGAGGCACCAUCACACGAAAGCAUGGCCGCAGAGUCCCACCGCCACCAGGCUACCCCCACCCAGAGAGGGACAGGCAUGCGGGUAGCCAGCACCGGGCAAGAUGGCUCUGGGGAUCCUCAUUCUGUGAAGACACCAACUCAUUUCUCAAACACGGGAUCCAGGAGACAGAUAGCUCCUAAAUGGAGAUGGCACAUGCUCUGUGGGGUCCCUCAUAGAGGAGUGCCACCCUCCACACUGGCCACCCUGGGCUGCCCCGGAAUGGCCAGAAAGGAAGGUGGGAGCUAGCUCCAUCCUCACUCAGAGGCCGGAAGGAGGAAGAUGGCAUCUCGCCAACUUCAGAGCCGAAUGGCCUCUAGCCACACUGCUUCCAGACCCCAGACGGGGCAGUAGCAGCAGUUCCCAGAGGAGCACCCAUUGCUGCAGCCAGGACCCACCAAGGAUGGGACUCCUGGAGUCAGGUGCACACCAGGUAACCCAGGACCACGCUGUGCACCCCCAGUCUGCCCCUCUGCUCAGAACACAGAGGGAUGGGAGGAUGGCUUGGCAGUGGGAAGGCAAAAGAAGGCCUCUCUCACUCUGCCCCUGCCAUACACACCCGCUGAGGGUGUUAGAAGCAGUGGAGGCAGAGCUGGCCCUAAGCAAAAGAAGAAAAUAAACCUCACCUUGUCCUUCCUAUGGGCAGCCCUCACCCCAAUCUAACUACCCUUCCCAUCCUCCAGCCUAAUCCAAAGAAGCCCUUGGCUUGAGGGGAUGAAGGGCUUGCGUUCUAGUCUCCACCCCAGCCCCACAGGCAGCCAGCCAGCCAGCCCCACACAGAGGGGCCUCCUCAAGGCCUCACUGGGAGCCUCCUGUCCCCAGCCAAGGAGCCCUACAGACCUGGGGAAAAGCAGGCCCCUCUGCAAGGCCCCUGGGUGGUGCGGAGGCCGGACCGGCUAGGCCUCCCACUGCUGGCCACUCCCAGGCCAUGGGUUCCUAGGUCCCAACCACAUUGGACUGCUCGCCACGCCCCUGCCCUCAUCCCAAACUGCUUUGUUCAAACAAAACCACCUUGUUUCAGUCUCCCCAAAUGUCCAGUUUAUUAUCUUCCUCAUAACCCAUGGUCCCUAUUAGGGUAGGAUCAUGAGACUAAGACCUAUGAGAGCCACAAAUCUGGACCAAAGUCCCAUUCCCUGAACAGAGACCCAAACGACGAGGGCCCCACAAGAGAGUUCAGUCCUGAUCAGAAACCCAUGGUGCCUUAGUCCUUGAAGAACAAAACUCCAGGAAGAAGAUGCUGGAAGGCAAAGGGUAUUCCCCCUCUUUCCCCACCUGCGUCUCUGUGGUGCCAUGGGUGGGCCCAGGUACCCUGGGAAAGGUGGGAGAGCAGUCAAGGGUGGGUGUGUGAUCUCCACUGGGCUCACUGGGCACCCCCGACAUGGGGAAGUGAGAGCUGCCCGACUCCUGAGCCAGGCGUGGGUGACAGGAAGAGGACCUUGCAGCUAGUCUGAUUAAUUAGAAACCAUACCUGUUUAUAUUUUGUGUAGCUCAUCACAAGCCGCUUAGCCAUAUCACCCCCCUGUUAUUAAUUCUUGGGGUCUAAAUUAUGGGUAACACUAUUAAAACAUUAUCAGAACUAAUGAGAAACAAUUACUUAGAAAAUGAGCCGGGACAAGAUUGAGUUGGGAACAUCAGUGGUGAUCACUGUGGAUGAGUUUAAUAAAUCAUCAGGUGCAAGGCAAGACCGACUGUAUGUAUGCAAAGCCCCGUCACGGGAAAAUGAAAUUGAGAUUUUUUUUUUUUUGCAUAAUUUUUUCAUUAAUCUCAAUAGGACCCGUGUGGUGUAGAUUGCUUUAUUCCCCUAAUACCUUGCCUGAGGGGGGGUGCCCAAUAAUGUCUUCAUUGUUUUACUGAGGUCUUAAUGACAAUCUGUGACAACCUCAUUUUAAUGUAUAGAGGAUUAUAUCAGUACAGUCAUGUUUUAUUGAAAUGGUGAAGGGAACUCCAGUCAGAGUCAGGCAGUGUCUGUGAGCACAAGUUAGGAAGUUUCUCGGCAUCCGGGAGCGUUCCCGUCUGAUGUCCCAGUGUUAGUCCUCCCGGCCGCCCUCCCCUCCUCUCCUCUCCUCCAGGGACGGCUGGGAAAACAGUCCUGCGGGAUGAAGACUUCACCGCCUCCGAUUUGAAUUUGAAAGUAACUCCUUCCCUGGCAUAUUUCGCUGGGCAGAUAGAACAAACCAUGUCGUUUUCCCCCGUCUCUAAAAUAGGCAUAUUAUUAUCAUUCACACUUUUGCACCCGGUCGUUUUGCGGGAGUUCGGGAAACUGACUUUCUUCAUUGGGGACACUGUAAUUUUCUAACGAUGCCAAGAGGAGAAAAAAAGAAUACGGGUUUGUUUUAAUUGGAAGGAACUUCUGCUUUUAUGAUUUCGGUUUACCUUGGAAAACUG